AUGAAGAUAAAGAACUACACAGAGGUGACUGAGUUUAUUCUCCUGGGAAUCCCUCACACAGAAGGACUGGAGAUUAUGCUCUUUGCUAUCUUCUUAUUCAUCUAUAUCUUCACCCUGCUGGGGAACUUGCUCAUCCUCUUGGCCAUCAUCUCCUCCUCUCACCUUCACACACCCAUGUAUUUUUUCUUGGGACUCUUAUCUAUUUUUGACAUAUUUUUUCCUUCAGUGAGCUCCCCCAAAUUGCUGGUCUUUCUCUCUGGAAAUAGCCGAGCCAUCUCUUAUAGGGGAUGUGCCUCCCAGCUCUUCUUCCAUCAUUUUUUGGGGUGCACUGAAGGCAUUCUAUACUCUGUGAUGUCCUAUGACCGUUUUGUUGCCAUCUGUCAUCCACUGCGCUGUGUGGUCCUUGCCACAUGUACCUCACUGAUAGGUUGUAUCCAUGCCACUAUACUGACAUCACUCACUUUCCAGUUGCCUUACUGUGGCCCUAAUGAAGUAGACUAUUACUUAUGUGACAUUCCUGUUGUCCUACCUUUGGCCUGUGCUGACAGCUCACUGGCCCAGAGGGUGGGUUUCACUAAUGUUGGCCUUUUGGCUUUGACAUUACUUUUCACUAUUAUUAUCUCCUAUACCCGCAUAGGGAUAGCCAUUUUGAGAAUCUGUUCAGCUGAAGGCAGGAGCAAAGCUUUCUCUACCUGCAGUGCCCACCUCAUUGCCAUCAUGUGUGCCUAUGGACCAAUUAUCAUCAUCUAUUUUCAGUCCACACCCAACCCUUUGCUUGGUGCUGUGGUUCAAAUUCUGAAUAACAUUGUCUCACCUAUGCUGAACUCCUUAAUCUAUUCUCUGAGAAACAAGGAAAUAAAAAGAGCCUUGAAGAGAGUUUUAUGUGGGGCAAGACUAACUGCAGAGACCUAA